CCCUUCGUCUUCACAUUCACAUUCACAUUCACUUCCCUCAAAUUCAAUCAAUCCACACAUACACCCCUCUCUCUCUCUCUCUCUCUCACAAAUAAAAAUGGUGAACCUAGUUGCAGCACAAAAGCCAUUGCUGCAUGGCCUAAUGAAGAUGGCAGGGGUAGUACCCCGCACAGUAGAGAUCGAACCAGGCACUCUCAUGAACUUCUGGGUCCCCACCAAAACCCUAAAAAAACCCCAAACCACCACCAACGCCACCAAGAAACUCAAACCAAACAAACCAGUAGUCGUCCUCAUCCACGGCUUCGCCGGCGAAGGCAUCGUGACGUGGCAGUUCCAGGUCGGUUCUCUCUCCAAAAAAUACGCCGUCUACAUCCCUGACCUCCUCUUCUUCGGCGGCUCCAUCUCCGACAACCCCGACCGGUCUCCGAGGUUCCAGGCCGAGUGUGUCAGCAAGGGUCUGAGGAAAUUGGGGGUGGACACGUGUACGGUGGUUGGGUUCAGCUACGGUGGCAUGGUUGCGUUCAAGUUGGGUGAGCUGUACCCGGAAUUGGUUCGUGGGUUGGUGGUGUCUGGUUCGAUCUUGGCCAUGACUGACUCGAUCAGCCACUCGACUCUUGAGAGUCUUGGGUUCUCUACUUCGUCGGAGCUCCUUUUGCCUACCUCUGUCAAGGGUUUGAAAGCUCUUCUAUCUGUUGCUGCUUACAAGAAGCUUUGGUUUCCUGAUAAACUCCACAAGGAUUUUCUUGAGGUAAUGUUCACCAACAGAAAGGAGAGAGGUGAGCUGCUGGAGGGUUUGGUGGUCAGCAACAAAGAUGCCACCAUCCCCACUUUUCAACAGAGAAUACAUCUCCUGUGGGGCGAGAACGAUCAGAUUUUCAAGCUAGAGCAUGCCCAGAACAUGAAAGAGCAGCUGGGAGACAAGGCAACAUAUCAAGGUAUAAAAAAAGCCGGCCACCUGGUUCAUCUGGAACGACCAUGUGCCUACAAUAGAUGUCUCAAGCAAUUCCUCGCUUCACUGGAUUCAGACGAACACCAAAAAUGACCAAUUCGCAAAACAACUUUCAUUCUAUGCUCGUGUUAGCAGAAGCAUCAUUGCUCUGUGAUUGGUAGGAGAAAUGGAAGCUUUAUUGUUUACGUAUUUAAAUAAAAGCUGUGUUUUGUAUGACGGAAGAUGAAAAAAAUUUGAAUGGAUCUUUUUUUAACUUUACUUA